UAUAGCCUCGUAUUCAAAACCUCAACCUUGCUCUCAUGGCCACCAACGCGGCCAUGGCGUCCCUCUCCGUCCCUCGCCACGCCAUUGACAGCAGGCCCAAACUCUCCUCCUCCUUCCUUCCAGCCUUCUCUUCCCCCUCUCUAACAUCCUCUUUCUCUCACUCCAUUCCCAUCCCUAGAACCUCCUCACUGUGCCGACGAACUCUUACGGUCAAAGCCAUGGCCCCUCCAAAGCCUGCAGGGAAGGCCAAGAAGGUGAUUGGUAUUGUGAAGCUGGCGCUUGAGGCUGGGAAGGCCACUCCGGCGCCACCGGUUGGGCCUGCUCUUGGUUCCAAGGGUGUCAAUAUCAUGGCCUUUUGCAAGGAAUACAACGCCAAGACGGCCGAGAAAGCCGGCUAUGUGAUUCCAGUGGAGAUCACUGUUUAUGAUGAUAAAAGUUUCACAUUUGUCCUGAAGACUCCACCUGCAUCAGUUCUGCUCCUCAAGGCUGCUGGAGUGGAGAAAGGUUCAAAAGAACCGCAACGGGAAAAGGUAGGAAAGGUAACCGCCGAGCAGGUGCGAGCAAUUGCCACAGAAAAGAUGCCAGACUUGAACUGCACUAGUAUUGAAUCUGCAAUGAGAAUCAUAGCGGGAACUGCAGCUAACAUGGGCAUAGAUGUUGACCCACCAAUUCUCGAGCCAAAAAAGAAAGUGCUUCUUUAGAGACUUUUUUCUAGUUUCAUGUUCAUCUUCACCAUAGGCCAGGUACAUCUAUCAUUCUAAAUUUAAUUUUGAGAUCCUUUUGUAACAUGCUAUGUCUCGUUUAAAUCAAUGCAAUGGCUCUUCUGAAAA